UGCCUCCGGAUUAGAGACAAAUACUACUGGCCAACAAUGCUUUCCGACGUAAAGGAGUACUGCCUCGCUUGUAAACCCUGUGCCCUCCAACGACGAUCGAAUCUUCGCGCCUUCUUGAAUCCCCUAGAUCUCACCUCAGGACCCUUUGAGGUCUUAGGGCUAGACUUCUUAGGGCCAAUUCAACCACAAUCCCUGCAAGGGAACAAUCACAUCCUAGUAAUUACCGAUUAUUUCACGAAAUGGGUAGAAGUUAUCCCUCUAGCAGACCAGACUGCCCUUUCAACGAGCAAGGCGCUAGUAGAUAGAGUCAUUUUGUAUCAUGGUCCCCCAAGGGCCAUUGUCACCGACCGUGGUUCGAAUUUUACGUCCGAGCUGUUCUCCUCACUUUGUAAGACACUUCAAAUUAAACAGUUGAGGACCACUGCGUACCAUCCACAGACUAAUGGCUUAACCGAAAGAUUCAACAAAACCGUAGUAGAAAUGCUACGGAAAUACAUGGAACAGGGCUUCUCUAAAUGGGAAGAAGUGCUAGGCCCAGUUGCUUUCGCCUACAGGAACUCUGUACACUCCUCCACCCUAGAAACCCCCUACUUCCUAAAUCAUGGCCGCGACCCAGUAGUGCCUAUUGACCGAUUUUUACAAAAGCCAGCAAACAUCAUCAUCCCAUCCGACUACAAAAGCCAGCUAAUGCAACGUCUUCACGAAGCCUUCGUAUUGGUUAAAGCCAACUUGACCCAAGCCAGGGAACAGCAAAGGACCCAGUACGACAAGCGGGCUCGUGAGCAAGCAUUCAACAUCGGUGACAAGGUGUUAAUCGACGUAAGAACGCCAAUGGCAGGCACAAGCAAGAAACUCAUCCCCCGUUUUAUGGGACCAUACCGCGUCACAAAAAUCAACAACAACCACACCGUGGAAAUUCAAGAAUGCGCGGGAAAACAGACCCAGUUGGUGCACGUAAACAGGAUCAAACCCCUGUAUGAGUCUAUGAUCUGGAAGGAAGAACCUUGCGUAGAUUUCCAAGAGAGCCGUGAUCACCCAAUACCACCGGAGCUCACCAACGAACUAGAAGUACCACCCCCAACGGAUGAAGAGUACGCUCCGCAGGAAGAACACGAUCUGAUAGACCUCGACGCCGGUUCAUCUCCCUUACCAGAUGGAGUGAUAACUUCAAACCUCCACAAAGGACCAAACAUAGACUUCUCUUCCACCCCGGAACGACUCUCUUUAACGGCUUUAGAGCCAGCAGCCCCACCAUUCCCCCCAUUAUUGUUGAUGUCCCUCCUCGCCCUCCUGUUUUUUACCCCCUUGGCUGCAUUUAAUGCCACCGUGUGUAACUGUGAUGGUGCGGCAAACCUGGGAUUCCUGGAAUUCACGGAGGAAGACUGCUCUUUCGAAGCCGCCCCCACUCCACCGGUACCCAUUACGUACGCCAUCUACUCUACACUACCAGAAGUUAAACGCUUUGCUGGCCACACGUGUAGCAUGUGGGUAGCCACCACCACAGUGUACAAGGACUUCAUGCAAUGGAAUCAAGUGUCUUACAGCCGCAACCCCAUCGAAGUGGACGCCGCAACGUGCCGAAGGAUGAGAGACACACGACAAUGUCGAGGAAAGGCGAUGGAUAUAACAGGGCCCAACUCGUUCGCCCUGGAAGGCCACCCGUUCGUCGAAACCAGUUGGCUUCGGACGGCGACAGAAAAGAUGACCAACUGUCGCCUCGAAGAAGUGACCUUACAGAGCGAAUGCCCGAACUGUACCAUCAGCUCUCCACUUGGCGACAUCCCUGGAGCAAUAAACGGCUCUUUCAAACACAACCUCGUGACCCUCGUCUGGGACGAUUCCUGGAAGGAAGCGAAGCCGUGUGAGUUAAGGGUUAUCGAAAAGGGAAUGGGCGUCAAGUACUCGACCGAAAACGACACUACCUUCCGAAUUCGGGACCCAAUUAAGCAGUUGGAUUUUAUAUAUUCAAUGGUAAACAGUUCCGUCUGCGGAGGAGGAAACCUCACUGCCUACCAUCCGGUUCUAGGAAUGGACAGAGUCGUCAUCGCGGUUCGGGAAGCCGCCAAGGGAACCGAUCUCGUCGAGAUGAGGCCCAAAAACGCAGACGCCGUAGCCAAGAUGGCGCUAUCUGAAAUGACACGGGCGGAGAUCGAAUACGCCAGUCAUACACAAUACAUCAGAGACUUCGCAAUGGACAUUUCAAACCACCUGGCCCGAGAAAUUCGUAACCUACAAUGCGAAAGCCGGAGAACUGCCUUCCAUGCCGCUACAACGACUGCACAAUACGACGGAUGGUUAGCCGCUAAGCAUCUGGACCUUCCAUUAUGCACCAAGCUACUGGCGGUCGGGGCGUCCGUGUCCGUUUUGCAGUGUUUUCCCAGCAACGUCACCUUCGAGACGGUUUUCACGCCAUGUGGAGCCCAACCUCGGUGGGGUAACCAGACCAUCAACGUGGAAGGCUGGGAGCUCACGAAGUACUCCGAUUGCUACUGGCACGCAAACUUCGUCAACUUCAACGGCAAAGCCCACACCUUCAAGAACAACACCUGGAUGCCAAUCAACCCCAACCUAAAGAUACAAGGCCGCCGUUUCAUCGACACCAUGCCCCUGGAGGUCGAUAACUCGUUGGGCAUGAUACUGCAGUUGCACCCAACAAUAACGUCGCAUCCCUUAAGUGCUUCAACCAUCAUGGCCGACAUCCUGGCAUACAUACAGAUGGGCUAUGUCACAGAAAUGUCGGGCGAACGACACGUCAACACAGUCCUCGUCCACCCCGGACAAGCACAAGACAUCUCCUUCAUGGCAAGGAUCGGAUACUGGCUCCGGAACUUCGGCAUCAUGUCGGGAGUAGGAGUAUCCAUUGCUCUGGCUUUCCGAUUUUGCGGACUCGGUUCCCUCCUGGGUCUCUAUAUCCCCUGCUGUCGGUACUUUAACCCGUGCAGUUGGUUAACGCCACCUCAACCUGCUCAUCGAGACAUUGAGUUGGGACCCCAAGCAACCACCAACUUGGCCCCAACUGCUCCGGUCACCAUUGUUAAUAUACCCCCGCCCCCAACUCCCGCCGGUUCCACAGGGCGGCUAGGAUUAAACCAACAACCAUACCUCAUCCCACCCAUUUCACAUCCUCGUAGCCUAGCCCAACACAGAGAAGCAGCAGCCCUCCUCUCGCGUCCCUAGUAUUAAAACCCCACGCGUUGAUUGCCCCCUUAAUUUUUCAUGUAUCAUGCAAUGUCGUAGAUUUUAUGUUAGUGUCCCUUAGAAUAAACCCACCCAGAAUCGUGCAGAGUAUACCAUGUACCCCGUAACACCCCACCAACCCUUCGACACCAAGCCGUCCUAAUCCUUACCACACUCUAUCCCUAGGC